AUGUGGAUAAUCUAUUCAUUUAUCUGUAUCUUUCGUCGAACUUCAUUAGGCUAUUAUUUCUAUCAAUAUCCAUGUGCUAUGAAUAGAUGGUGUUUUUUCUAUACAGCAUCUGCUCUUCUUCUCUAUGUACCACAAUUAAUAGCUAGCGCAAAUAAUACAUAUGAUGUUUCAGCUUCAAUGUUUCGUUAUAUUGGCACAUUAUUUAAUGUCAUCAUUGUUUUUGUUAUUGUUCAUAAUGCUUUACAAGAUAAUAUGAGAGAUUAUUUCAGAGAUAAAUACUUUCUUGAUGUUUGGUUAGCAAGAUUGCUAUAUCAAAAUGGUUUAGCUAUAUGGGCAUCUAUUCUUUUUUAUGAAAGUUGUCUGUCAAUUACUAUUGGUCUUAUUUAUAGGAAUAACGAUUAUUCAAAAUCUUCGAAUAUUGGAGGAUUUCUUCUUCUUCUUGGAUUUAUUAUCGUAUUUUUUCUUGAAAAUUGUGGAUUGAAAAAUAGUAUUACUUUUAUUCUAUCACAUUGGUUUAUUUUUUUAUGGCUUCUUAUUGACAUAAAUUUUUUAUCAAAUAAUAAAUUGUCAGAAUCAUUUUGUAGCACGAUACUUGUACCUACGAUUGGUUGUUUAAUUUUUGUCUACAUAGUUUUACGUUUAGUUUUACUUUAUUUAUUUUAUAACUGGAAACUAUUACCGACUUUUCAUUCAGGAAGAGUUUAUAGCCUUGUUGUACCACCAACAGCUUUUUAA